AUGAACGUCCUCUUGUGGUUGGCCUAUUUGUCGGCUGAUCGGGUAGCUGCAUUCGCAAUCGGGCUUAUCUCUCACAACCAAAGCAAUUCGUCUGCUCGUGGAGCUGAAGUAGACGGAGCACUUCAAGCGUUUUGGGCCUCAUUUCUCUUGUUACAUCUUGGUGGUACGGACACCAUCACCUCGUUCUCUAUGGAGGAUAAUUCGCUUUGGGGACGGCACCUGCUCAGCCUCACCUUCCAAAUCGGUGCUGCCAUCUAUGUCUUCAUGCAAAUAUUUACCGUCAACAAGUUGCUGGUAAUCCCUACAAUGCUAGUAUUUCUUGCCGCGGUCAUAAAAAAUGCGGAGAGGAUAUCGGCACUUAAUCUCUCGAGCCUCCCGAGGCUCGGGGAAUGGGUGUUCUCACAUGACACGUUUUCUGAGGAUGCUUAUAACGAGUUGGUUCAAGAACUUGAUGUUCUAGGUGAAGAUGGAGAAGAAGGAGAACAAGAAGAAGUGAAGCUUUUAGAGAGUACUGUGGUGAAGCAUGGUUACAACUUCUUUCAAAUCUUUAAGGUCUUUCUCGGAGAUCUCAUGUUCACUUGUCAAGAACGGGAAAUGAGCCGCAAAUAUUUCCACUAUGUUUCUGCGGUGGAUGCGUUGAGAGUGAUAUCAGUCGAACUACAUUUCAUUUAUGAGGUGCUCCAUACAAAAGCUUUGGCAAUACGCUCCAAGUGGAGCUUUAUUCUCCGCUUCAUGGCCUUUACUGAUCUUAAUAUGGCUUUCGUCCUGUUCUAUCGCUUAAAGAAGCAUCGGCUCCACAAACUUGAUGUGGAAAUUACUUAUUUUCUUCUUUUUGGAGGGAUUGCUCUUGAUUUGAUUGCUCUGUUCAUGCUCAUUUUCUCCGAUUGGAUUGUCGCCAGAAUCAAUUCUGCAUUUUUCCAAGCUUUGGAUUGCCUGAUGAAGCCCCAUUUUGCCAAUUGUACAUCAGAGCUUUAUGUAAGGGGUACAUACAAGGCGUUCAAUACACGAUUAAUAUUUAAAAGGUGGUCAGAAUCCAUCUUUGCUUGCAACCUUUUAUCCGAGAGCUUUGGUGAGAGUCCAAGAAAGAUGUAUAAGCUUAGCUGGCAUGGGCGCAUCUUUGGUUUUUCUGAUGUCUGCUGGUUUCCGUUAUGUGUGACUGCGAGGAUCAUCUCUUGUUUCCAGCAAGCUAGUGAGAUAAUCGUGAGAGUCUUUGGAUCGAGGAACACGAGAUCCAAAAUAUCAACGCUUGCCAAUUCUAGGCACGUGUCCAAGAAUCCCUUUAUCAAGGAGCUAUGGAUCUUUAUCUUUAAGGAGGUAAAACGUAAAUCUGAGAAUGCGGAUGAUUCGACAAAGGUCAGAGAGAUAUUUGAGGCUAGAGGUGAUCUGUGUCUCCAAAAUACACUGCCUAGGAGUAUUUCUAGCAAGUUUUUACAAUAUGUCACCAGGGCUAAUUAUGACACCAGUGUUAUAGUGUGGCAUGUUGCUACGGAAAUAUGGUAUAACAUCGAGACACCCGAAGAAUGGGACGAAGAAUGGGAAUUCAGCAAGAUCCUCUCCGACUACGUGACGUAUCUUUUACUUAAUCGGCUUAAGGUGAUAUCUGCCGUGACGGGCAUUGCCCAGAUCACAACUUGGGAGACGGUGCGUGAGCUACGGGAGCACAUCCGCUCUCAUCGGACCAAGGAUGUGAAGGAGCUAUGCACGCAAUUAUAUCAAGUUCGCUUUGGACAAUCGAGCCAAAGUAUCCACUCCCAAUCCCCCCUCCGCCAGGGGAUCAAGUUGGCCCAGGAGAUCGAAAGCCUCGGGGAAAUAAAGUGGAAGGUGAUGAGCGGAGUGUGGGUGGAGAUGCUGUCAUACGCAGCAAGUCAUGUUAAGGGAGAGGCGCAUGUGCAGGUGCUAAGCGAAGGUGGUGAGCUUCUUGCCUUUGUUUGGCUACUGAUGGCUCAUUUCGGCUGUCUCUACAGACAUGAAUGGGGCAUGUAUUAUGAGUACCAGAUGCGAGGGCUCGCUGUGUGA